AUGAUCGUACCGCAUCUCAAGAUUCCCGCUGUGAAAAUGGCCAGAUCUGUCAUGGAGAUUCGAUUAUUCGUCGUGGCAAGCGCUUCUACCGUGUUCAAAGAGAAGUCCAUCCGUAGCAGGGAUCAAGUCAUGCCUGGAACGCCGGCUUUAGCUCCAAACGCUGGACAGAUUCAUGCAAUGAACAUUGCUGGAAGAAUUGGGAAUGUUGCGAAUGCGCACAAAAAUGUGGCAGCAUUGCCCCGUGGCUCCAUGCCUCCUCCGCCAACAAUUCCAGCUCGACCUCGUGUUUCUGUUCCGAGCGCAUGGGACUUGGCAGCGCCGGUUUCCGCUGGUUCGUCUGCCUUAGUGUGGACAGACAAAGGCUAUUCGGCCAAUCAUGCUGUCUACCAACCUAAUCAUGCAUCAUGGGCCAAGACAGCGUACGUGGGUAGGCCCAACGAGUCUCUGAACCUCCUUGUUGGGAUCCGGUAUGAGGCAGAGAGAAAGAAACAAGGAGAAACUUACGGGACAAUUAGUGAGGGGACGGUUGUCCAGGGUUUGGCUAGCUUCGAAGACAUCUUCAACCAUGUUUGGGCAAUGAUGUAUGAGCAGCUUUGUGCCGACGCAGACUUCAAAUUCCAACCAACGGAGCUCACCGUUCGGGAUUACACCAAACCUGGGAAGAGCGCUGGUCAGUUUAACUUUGUCGCACCCAAGACACCUAUUCCUGUGGCUCUUGUGAUCUCAGGCAGAGAGUGGAAGCGACACCGGGACUAUAUCUUGGAUGCAGAGGCUGAGGCAAGCGAAGCUAUUGAGCUUGAACAAGAGACACGCAACAAUUUGGUUUCAAUGAGGCAGCUCCUCUCACCAGACCGACUGCCAAUGAAGAACAAGAAUUCUGGGUCUGGGCUCAGUGCACGCACGCGUUCAAAACACGAUAAAUCACAGGGAAUUAGUGUUCAACGCUCAAGGGACAAAGUUUCUGUUAGCUCUGAAUCAAGCAAUCGUUCAGGAACUCGCUCCUGUCGCCUUUCCGACUCCCAUUUCACUGUCUCAGACUUGUCUCAGCCAGAGGAAGACUCAUCCUCGAAAUUUGGUCUUCUGGGUGCAGCAUUGUGGUCACAGAAUGCGCAGCAGAAUGAUGACCGGCCCAUCACACCUCCCUCUAUAGGGCAAAAGCGUCCUCAUCAAGGAUAUCGGUCACCUGACCAUGCCGAUUUUGCACAGCUUCGCAAGGCACUCAGUGACGGAGGACAAUUCUCUCGAUCUGGACCACUUGGUAUGUUCCCCUGUUCUCCGACAGCUCUUGGGUACUUACCUCAGAAACCAGACUUGCCAACAUCGGAACGAAUUGAAUUCUACCGUGUUGUGCCUUGUUCAAUUGCAGAGCUGUUUGAUGGAUCAGGUCUGUUAUUCAAAUGCGACCCAGCGUCCUCAGAGGCCGGAACUCUAUCAAUUCUUCUGGUUUCAACGCUUGGUGAGGGAGCCUUCAAGGACGCUCGCCCUGGAUUCCUGACUCUCACCCGUGCACCGUCCAAUGGUCUUGGAAGUUCUCCAAAUGAGCGGGUCGCUGUAAAGCAAAUGAUUCAUAGCAAGAAUGAGCACGGCAGCUCGAAGCGGUUUGACGUCAAAAAUGAAUUUCGACUGACCGUUUCUGAAGGAAACCUGCUUCUCUGGGCGAUCUCCCUCUUCGAUUUCUCACUUUCCUUUGUCCACUCUUGUCUGCAGACCAUUGGGACACCACCAUCCACACUAAUCGUUCCUGACAUCCGUUUCGUUGAGGGCGGCGUUGCUCUGGUUCACGACAUCACCACGGGGCCAAAUGUUCAAGUCGCUUCAUCUCUCCGCCAAUCACUUCUCAUUGAGGAGUUGAUCCCCUCUCCAUUUGUCAAAUUUGUGCACAAUCGGGCACCUGUUCCGCACUUGACCGUUACUCACGAGCUUUAUUACAUUGCCGAGUUUCUGUGCUUUACUCAGCACAUUCAGUACGAGAAGUCUGGCGGCUUGGUUUUCAUAUCGGACUAUCAAGGCUCAAAGGAGGUGUUGUUGGAUCCGCAGAUCAUGACUUCACCGGACAUUGGCAACAACGGGAGCAUGUUUGGGGGUGGAAAUGUUGCUCAGCUCUUCGAGGACUUCCCCAAAAAGCACCAGUGCUCGGCAUAUUGUCAAUUCUUUGGAUUGAAGCCGUUACCGUGAUGUAUUCCACUCAAGUCAUACCUGUCAUAGGCCUCUCAUACAAUCUCUGUUCCCGUCAUCAUAUCGCUGUUGUCAAUCACGUGCACCAAAAGAUUGUAUGGA